AUGCUCUGGCUGGUCUUCAUCCUCGCUAUUGCCGUUCUGUUUUUCGCCAUCUGGGUGGCUUUCCGCGUUGGACCGCAUAAAAGGGAUGUGGAUGAGGGCAGUGAGAUGGAGGAAGGAAAGGAAAAGGGAGCCGAGGAGGAGGAAAUGAAGUUGAGAAGUGGAAUUGGGAGCGUGGGGGAAAAAUGGGUGGCUUCUGCAGGGAAAGGAUUGGGCCAGAAUCUCCAAGCCAAAGGUGCUGGGACCUAG